CUUGAACAUCCACCCUACAGUGCUGAGCCGAGGAGAAGGUGGGACAACAACGUGUUUACCAGUCUCGGGAAUCGACGAAUCGGUGAAAAUUUUCCCCCCGACUUUCUCUCCUCAUGCUUGGGACGGAUUCUCAUGUGUUGAUCGUCGAAAUACCAUCCCUGACUCUUCAUGAAGUCGGCUCUCGCCUUUUGUCGCUACCUUCUCGUGCCGGAUGAGCCGGGGCAAGCUGAAGAUACCUUUCUCUGGUAUCGUGACAGGUUCUUCAGGUUUGCUAGCUUUUUUUCAUCCUGUAGGAAGGCCGUUGCUGUAUGGGUACCCCCCGCUUCCACGUCUUCCAGUGGAGAUAAUGUGAAUAUAAGAUCAAGUGUUUCUAGGUAGCUCUAUUGCGAGUCGGAUUUUUCCUUGUCUAUCAUCAUAAGUUCAGUCCCGAUUUCUUACUCGAGACCUUAUUGUCGAUUGAGAUAUAUACCCAAAGCGAUACCAUGUCUCAAGAGUCAAGAACCCCCGAUGUCUACGGACCGGGCUCUUACACAGACAAGACCUUCGUCCCCAUCUUGCAAGACACCGAGCGCAUAUUCCGACUCAUUGCAUCUCAAACACCCGGUUUCACCCAAGAUGAAAAGCUGCUAUCCAAGGUCAAGUUUACAGGCGAGGAAUACCCCGUGAUCCCCGGCCCCAUUAAGGCCGUCUCCGUUGCAGCAGCCCUGCACGCCAUGACAGGCGUCCUAGCCGACGAAAUACUCGCCAUCCGCGGCGCAGAGAACAAGGACCGCGAAAUCACCGUCGACACCACCCACACCGCUUUGUGGUUCGGCUGCGUUAUCACAGCCUUCCUAGAUGGCGAGGACAUCCUCUCCCUCGCGGCACAGAAGAAACUUAGCUCCCUGGUCCCUGACUGGGAACAGGGUUGGACGGACACCCCCCUCAAGUACCGCACCACGGCGCUCUACCCCACCGCUGACCCAGAAACGUGGUACGCCCUCCAUGGCUCCAUGAACGCUGAACCGGUUCUCAAAUCCAUCGGCAUCGAUCCCUCGGCCCCGAUCACAUCCAACGAAGAAGCCGCGUGUCACAUCGCGGAACACACGCGCAAGCUCAGCCCCGAGAAACUCGAGAUGAUUAAUCUGUUGAACGGUUUCUGCGGUAGCAUUUGCUUCUCCCCUAAACAAUGGGCUGAGAGCGAAAUGGGCAAGACAUUAGCCCGCCACCCGCUCAUCAACGUCAAGCCCCAACCGCACGCCGUCCCCACGCCGCCCAUCGCCUUCCCGCCUUUAAAGCCCGACGAUCGUAGACCCCUGGCGGGCGUCAAAGUUGUCGAAAUGACGCGCGUCAUCGCCGGCCCGCAAAUCGGGACGAUCCUCGCUAGUUUGGGCGCGGACGUGAUCCGUGUCAACUCACCGCAUCUGCCGGAUAUUAAUAUGAUGCAACUCACCUUUAACGCAGGCAAGCGGACUAUCGCCAUCGACCUGCGGAAUUCUGAUGACGCGGCGCUGCUGAAUUCGUUGGUCAGAGAGGCCGACGUGUUUAUCCAGGGCUUCCGCAUUAACAAGAUGCCCAAGCACGGUCUCGGACUGCACGAUUUAUUGAAGCUGGCCGGUGAGAGGGGAAGGGGAUACGUGUAUGUCUCUGAGAACUGCUACGGUCCGGAUGGGUAUUACGCCGAGAGACCCGGCUGGCAGCAGAUCGCUGAUGCCGCCGCCGGAUCGGCGUACGUUAUUGGACGCUCGCUGAACUUGCCUAAUAACGAGGUUGUGCUGCCUUCGCUGCCUAUUAGCGAUAUGACCACCGGCGCUCUCGGUGCCGUCGGCACCUUGUUGGCACUGAGGGAUAGGGCUACCAAGGGAGGGAGUUAUUAUGUGCACGCUUCACUGGCGGCGGUGAAUGCGUACGCGCUUACGCCCGAGGUGGGACUAUACCCGCAGGAAACUGUAAAGGAGUGUGCGGAACGGUUCCAGUGGGAUGAGAUGAGGGGAUCACAUCAUGUGCUGGAUUUGCUGGUUGCGGUUUGGAAGGGGUGGAAGAAGGUGUUUAGGGAUAAGCUCGUGGAAGGAAGUGGGCUGUUUCAGAGUUUUGAGGGGAGUGCAUUUCAAGGGAAGAGGUUGAGUAUACUGAAGCCGGUGUUGGGUAUUAGUGAUGUGGAGGGGACGAGGGGCUGGAAGACGCCGAGUGUACCGUAUGCUUAUGAGAAGGCGGGGGAUGUCAAGUUUGCGUAGACUUGGCACAGGAAAUCCAGGUUGACAAGGCAGCUGCAUGGUUUGGAGUUAAGGAUAUCAGGCACGGGACUUAAUCUUAACUUAGGUUAGUUUAUCACAUAUCAGC